GCUCUUAUACAUAAUUUGGAUUAGACUCAUUAUUGGAACUAAAUUAUUUCUGAAAAUGGUAAAAUAAAAACAUUUACGGUUGCGUUUUUAUUCUUUUACUAUGGUUUUGCCUUUUGACGGUUUGCUGAAAGGAUAGAGCUCAAAAAAUUGCACUAUCGACCACUGUAUUUUUGGUCCUUGGCUUGUUCUUCCACAACAAUAGAAAAACUAGAUUGAAGUUGAAACACCUCAAGCUCUUCUGUUACUCGUAGGCUUCGGACUCGGUGUUUGCCAUCGUAGAGGUAUAAAUGCAUUUCUUCUCUUUGCUCUGCAUGUUCAGCUAUUUGUGUAUGAUGUUUAUACACUUCAAAAAUUGAUAAAACCGAUUGCGCGGGAGAUGUUCGAUGUAAUGCUUAAAUGAGUUACUUUUGUUGUUUGUUCCAAAUUGAUAAAUUCUUUUCGUUUGGAUAUACUAGUUAAAUGGAUGUUAUGUGGUUGUGACGAAAUAUGUCUGUGAAUUGUGUACAAUAAAAAGGUAAUUUUGUUCUUCCUCACUGAAGUUUGAGAUUUUGUUUUGUGAUAAUUUUCGAUUCUCAAAUUUGAAGUUCCAUUGGCUUUUAUGGCUUACUGGUCUUGUGUUCGAUGAAUUGUUUCAUGUUUUGUUUGGGAUCUUAGGGGUCGGCAUGUUGAGUUCAUAGGAAUAUCUUUUGGACUUAAGAAAAAUUUCUUGUCAAUAAGUGUUCUUUGCCCUUGCUGAUUCUACUUUUCUCUUCGAGUCCCUAGGGAUUUUUGAAAAUCAUAAGUUACAUUUGAUGGAGUAAUGAUGAUACGGAAUUUUCAUGAUAAAUUAUGUCUUGCAAGAAUGACCUUGACCAGGAGGUACUGUUCCAGAGAGUCGUCCCGUGACUCGUCUGAUGUAAUAAAGCGUGUGUGUAAGGUUAUGAUGUCUUGCCCUAAGUUGGGGCUUGACAUUGUGUUUGAUCAGAAGGGUAUUAGGGUUUCACCAGAAGAAGUUGAGGAAGUUCUCAAGAAGUUUACAAAUGCUGGAAUGAUUGCAUAUCGGUUUUUCGAAUGGGCUGGCAAACAACGAAAUUAUGAGCACAGUAUCAGGGCUUACCACACUAUGAUUGAAUCCUUAGCCAAAAUAAGGCAGUACCAGCUAAUGUGGGAUCUUGUAAAUGCUAUGAGAAGUAAGAAUAUGCUUAACAUUGAGACAUUCUGUAUAAUCAUGAGGAAGUAUGCUAGGGCCCAGAAGCUGGAGGAGGCGGUAUACACCUUUAAUGUCAUGAAGAAGUAUGAGAUGCCCCCAAAUUUAGCAGCCUUUAAUGGCUUGUUGAGUGCUCUGUGCAAGUCUAAGAAUGUUAGGAAGGCUCAGGAAAUUUUUGACAGUAUGAAAAAUCAAUUUGCACCUGAUGCAAAAACUUACAGCAUAUUGAUCGAGGGAUGGGGUAGAGCUCCGAAUCUGCCUAAGGCAAGGGAAGUAUAUGGGGAAAUGAUCGAGUCUGGCUGCAAUCCUGACAUUGUGACUUACGGCAUUAUGGUUGAUAUACUGUGCAAGGCUGCCAGGGUUGAUGAAGCCAUUGAGAUAGUUAAGGAGAUGGAAUUCACUGGUUGCAGGCCAACAUCAUUCAUUUACAGUGUUUUGAUUCAUACAUAUGGGAUAGACAAUCGAAUUGAAGAUGCUGUAGAUACAUUCCUUGAUAUGGAAAGGAGCGGGGUGGAGGCUGAUGUGGCUGUUUAUAAUUCCUUAAUUAGUGCUUUCUGCAAAGUAAACAAGUUGCAGAAUGCUUAUAGGGUUUUGGCUGAGAUGGAGAAAAAACGGGUUUCUCCUAAUUCAAGGACUUGCAAUAUCAUUUUAAACUACUUAAUUGGUCGUGGGGAAACUGAUGAAGCUUAUGAAGUUUUCCGCAAGAUGAUUAAAGUUUGUGACCCUGAUGCUGACACAUACACGAUGAUGAUAAAGAUGUUCUGUGAAAGGGAUGAGCUCCAAAGGGCUUUAAAGGUAUGGGAAUAUAUGCAAAAGAAGCGGUUUGUUCCAAGCAUGCACACAUUUUCUGCCCUUAUCAAUGGAUUAUGUGAUAAAUCCGAUACAUCAAGGGCAUGUGUGUUAAUGGAAGAGAUGAUAGAGAAAGGAAUUCGUCCAGGAAGAGCACUCUUCGGUAAAUUAAGACUAUUACUUCUCAAGGAAGGGAGAGAAGAUGUUCUUGAAUUUCUCCAAGAGAAAAUGAACCUCUUGGUCAAGGAACCCUUGUGUGAUUGACAAUAAGGAUAGUGAGUUGAGUUAAAGAUCAUGAUAUAUGUCCUAGAAGGAAUCAUACCUUUGAAGGUUGGAAUUUAAAAAACUUCCUCUGGGCAAACUGCUAUUCUAAACUUGCAACGUCGUCUAUCUAUUACUUUUGACAUUGUUAAAACGUUACUCAUCAAUAAACAACCGUGGCUGAUAGGAUUUUCAUCAAACCUUUAUUCUGACUUCUCCCUUUCCAUUCUGGACGCAGGAGAUAUCUGUUUAGAAAAAAAUUUAUAAUCUUUGAAGUUUAUAGUUCUCUUUUAAAGUGUGUUUUGUAUUGUGUAGUUCCUGAAUUCUUGCUCCUGAAUUCUUGCUAUUUCCUCAAAUUCAGGAAGUGCACAUAAAAUUACAAGGCCAAUUCAGAAUUUUGAGGCCCUAUUUAUAAGGUAAAUUCACAUGAAUGAAGUUGUCUUCUUGGAGAUGAUUUUGGUUGUUGAAUAUGUAGGCCUCACUGUUUUCUUUGCGUAAACUUCAAAGAAGUAAAGCCUUCCAUGUUCAGUUAUGCCCGUGUUCCUCUCUUAGCUCGUAAGCUUCAAUAUAUCAAAUACUUCCACAGGCACCCUAUCCUGUCUGCUGCUAGCACCACUACAAGAUGUUGCUCGCAACUGGACCUCCUCUCUCUCUGCACUACUUCUCGGUCUCUCAACCAAACAAAAGAAGCCCACGCUAUGUGCAUCCAUCAUGGCUUUCUUCCUUCCUCGAUCUCCAUAUGUGCAGCUCUUAUUCACCGUUAUGGCACUUUUGAGGCUGAGCCAGCAACCCUUUACUCUCUUUUUUAUCAAACACUUUCUUCUUUCCCUUCUUGCACAUUCUUAUAUAAUGUUUUUAUACGUGCCCAUUCUGGUUUGGGUUUGUAUUUUCAAGGCUUGAAAGUUUAUAAUGAGAUGGUGAGGAAUGAUGUCAAGACUGAUGAUCACACUUACCCUUUCGUGCUCAAACAUUGUUCUGAAUGGCGUGAUUUUCAAAAGGGUGUGGAAGUUCAUGGAACUGUAAUCAAAGUGGGACUAGAUCAGGACACCUUUGUCAGUAAUACUCUCAUGUUAUUCUAUGGGAAUUGUGGAGAUGUGAAGGAUGUGGAACAGGUGUUUCAUGAAAUGCCCAGGAGGGAUGUUGUCUCCUGGAAUACGAUGAUUUGUUUUUGUUCUGAUAAUGCUUGUGAUGUAGAAGUUUUAGACUUGUUUAAGAACAUGUUUCUACAAUCUGAAUUUCGACCCAAUAUUGUCAGUCUGGUUAGCGUUCUGCCUGUGUGUGCACGGAGGAGUGAUGGCACCAUGACAAGUGCCAUACAUGGUUACAGUGUGAAGGUUGGGUUGGUUUCUCAGGUGAGAGUUGGAAAUGCCUUAGUCGAUGCUUAUGGUAAGUGUAGGAAGGCUGAGGCUACUGUUCGGGUUUUUGAUGAGAUGGUAGAAAAGAAUGAAGCUUCUUGGAACACAGUUAUUACCAGCUUUGCCUAUAUAGAGUGUUACAGAGAUGCAUUGGAAAGUUUCAGAUUUAUGAUUGGCGAAAAUGUGAAGUUGAAUCCUAUUGCCCUUUCGAGUAUCCUCCCUGUGUUGGUUGAACUGGAGCUUUUCUCUAAAGGAAGAGAAGUGCAUUGUUUUAGUAUAAGAACGGGUAUGGAUCGCGACAUUUUUGUUGCCAAUUCGCUGAUUCAUAUGUAUGCAAAAGCAGGCCGUUCAAUGAAUGCUUCCAGUGUGUUCUCUAUGAUGGAUUUGAAAAAUAUUAUUUCUUGGAAUACCAUGGUUGCUAAUUUUGCCCUAAAUGGACUUGAAUUAGAGGCAAUUGACUGUGUCAGACAAAUGCAAGUUCAUGGGCAGAUUCCUACUUCAAUCACCUACACAAAUGUUCUUCCAGCCUGUGCCCGAAUUGGAUCGCUUCGGCUUGGAAAGGAAAUUCAUGGCAUGUUGAUCCGUGGGGGGUCUCACUUUGAUCUGUACGUCUCAAAUGCUUUGACAGAUAUGUAUGCAAAAUGCGGUUCUCUCAAACUUGCUGAGAAUGUGUUUGUUAGCUCACGCAGGGAUGUGGUUUCUUACAACAUACUAAUUCAAGGGUAUUCACAAACAGAUGACUGCUCUAAUUCGCUGCUUCUCUUCUCAGAUAUGUUGUCUCAAGGUAUCAAGCAUAAUGUUGUUUCGUACAUGGCUGUUCUUUCAGCUUGCUCCCAUAUUUCAGCAAUCAAACAAGGAAAGGAAAUCCAUGCAUUUGCUGUCAGAAGGUUGUUUCAUGAGCAACUUUUUGUUGCAAAUUCGCUUUUGGAUAUGUACACUAAAUCUGCUCGAAUUGAUCUUGCUAAGAGGGUCUUUGAUAGAAUCCCUGUGAAAGAUUCUGCCUCGUGGAAUACCAUGAUUAUGGGUUUUGGGAUGCUUGGUGAAUUGGAUACAGCUCUCAAUCUAUUUAAUGCUAUGAAGAAGGAUGGAGUUGAAUAUAAUGAUAUUUCAUAUAUAGCCAUUUUGUCUGCUUGUAGUCAUGGAGGGCUGGUAGGACAGGGACGCAAAAUUUUUGAUAGCAUGAUUUCUCAUGGUGUUGAGCCGUCCCAUAUGCACUAUGCAUGCAUGGUUGACCUUCUUGGUCGUUCUGGUCUCAUAGGAGAGGCGGUAGAGCUUGUGAAAAGCCUCCCGUUUGAAGGAGAUGCUAAUGUAUGGGGAAGUUUACUGGGAGCGUGUAGACUCCAUGGCGAAGUGGAGUUAGGUUGUUGGGCAGCGGAACAUCUUUUAAAGCUAAAUACAGAUCAUUCAGGUUACCAUACACUCGUCUCCAACAUGUAUGCAGAAGCAGGCAAAUGGGAAGAGGCAGAUAGAGUCAGGGAACUGAUGAGGUUGAGAGGAUUGAAGAAAAAUCCAGGAUAUAGUUGGGUUCAGAAUGAAGACCAAGUUUACGACACUUUCUUCGCUGGGGAAAGAUUGAAGGUGUUGCAAGCAUAGUUCGUUUGUAGAUCUCAUAAAGCCCAGAAAAACCAGGUGAUGACCUAUAAAAAACACCUUAUAGAUAUAAGUUAGAUGAUGAGUUUCACAUGUGGAGAAUCAAGAACAUUUGCACCAGUAUUUACUCAUGAAUGAUGGUGAAAAUAUGCUUGUGAUUAGAAUCAUUAGAUCUCAGUAUCAGCUCAAUCUCUGACUGUCUAGGUUGUUCUAUUAAAAUGCCAAUGAUUUCAAGUUGAAAACUUCACUUAAUAUAAAAAUGAAUAAAUAGAGAAAGUAGAAGUAAAAUGAAAAUAUAAUGUGUUACCGC